CCCCGAUUUGCAGACUGGGCGAAGGUUGGUCAAUCAUCAGUUAUCCUGAUCCAAGCACUAUACCUUUAAGGGGGGAACUUACCCUGGUCAUUGCUUGAGUCUCCACAAGGAUAGUAAAGCUAGGUAUGACAUAUUAAAAUAAGGCCUGUUCCGGCGUUUGGAGACAUAUCAGAGCAUACGUACGCAAAAAAAUAGUUCGAUUGUGGACAAGGAGAGAAAGAAGGAAAGAAGAAGAAGAAGAAAGAGAGAGGAAAAGAGAAAGGAAAGCUGAGGCGCGGAGAGACGCGCUAGGGCUUAUCUCCCUUUGGGAAUGCCUGUCCUAUCAAAACAUUGAGCGCCAGAAAAUACACCCAGAGACAAGUCCUCUAAGUGAACAUUGGUGAUUUUGUUACUAAUACUAUCUAAUAUUCCACGGACGGUUUCUUCUUGGAGUAGUAUUCCCUUUCGUUGCAUUUACCAGUACUCCGUUUAAGAUAAUACAUUAAGGGGAACUCCAUUGAGGGUAUAACUGUCCCUAAUAGCGGCUAUCAGCAGCUAAAGGAGAAUAGUUUAGCGAAUAAUGGUAUGAUAAUAGCAUAUAUCAAGUAUUUUAUUAAGGGGGUAUAUAUAUCAUUUUAGAUUAUGAUGCUAUGACCAAAUCUACCGCCUAGCCGAUAGACCCCAAGGUUAAAUUUCCUUUCUGCAGUAACUAGUUAGUUAGAUGGUAGCGUUAUAUGUAAAGCUCAAGCAUAAGUCCAGGGUUGUCUUUCAAUUUUCGGCCUAUUUGAUUACCUGGCGAGAUGUGAGAAUGCAAGAAAGAGUGCUUUCCCUUCGCUGGACGUUGGGCCUCGGCUGACUCCACAAUUGGUGGAAGCUCAACGUGACAUCAAGCAGAGGAAGUUGGAUCGGAAAGACAAACACAUCAAUGCAGCGAGCAUUGAUAUGUUGUUGACGCUAUCUUGGUACAACGUUUGAUACCCAAAGUCAGACUGAGUAUUUACUGCCAAAGCAACGAGACGAUGGACGCAGACGGAAAGCCCCCCAUUGUCUAGGUUCUCUCUAGAAAAUCACCUGGACUUCACGCUAUACCCUAUCCUUGGUCUGGUUUCCCUGCUCGUGGAUGCUGCUCGUGGAUAGUGUAUAUACAGCUACCCAGGCGUCCUUAACACCAUAUUCCCCUGGCUCUGUUCCCAAGGGAAGCAUGCGAGACAAAGCCCUAAGGCUUCUCUGUCCAAAUAUCAACAAUAUAUACUUAUCUGAAAACGAUACCCUCUACUCUUCCACGUCUAUCCACGGUAAAUGUGAUUUUUUAUAUACCCAGCCUGUGUUUACCCACCUAGCACCUAGGCAUGACUCUGUCCGGGAAUCCAGUGAUUGCAACUCAUGCGGGUUGAGUGUUGCCCAAAAUGACAUUGGCAGCACGACUCGAAGGACGACGUGACUUCUCAGAAAGAUUUUUCCUAUCCUUUUCUUCUCCCUCUUCCUCUUCCCCUUUUUGAUUUGAGACAAGGAUUCCCAAAUGUGCUGUGGGACUGACUACUAAUGUAAGCUUACUUCGUCAGUUAUCAUUUUUAAACGAUGCACUAGUUAACGAGGACGAAUAUCUCCAUAGUUGCUAUAAUGCGAACUCUCUUCUAUACAGAGAACGCCUAAAAUGAUAUAUCAUGGGGCAGUGAAGCAGCCAGUCUCCCGUCACGCCAUCAUGCGCGAUAUAAAUGG